AUGUCUUCAUUUCAAAAUAACAACAAUGAAGAGCCUAGUAAUGAAGAAAAUAAGAAGAAACUACUUCCAAAAGAGACAAAUACUUCAAUAAAAAGAAAGACAUACAUCAAUUCAAAUCUUGACGAUACUUGCUUGAUUGGAUGUUUUGCUUUCUAUCAUAAUAUUACUGUAAGAAGAAGUACUCUUAAAAGUAAUGACCAUAUUGAAAAGUUUAUAAUAGUUAAAGUUGAUAAUGAGGAAAUAGAAGAGAAGGUUAGAGUAGAUUUUGAAGAAUUCAAGCAAAAGUUAUUCAUCCUAAAACCAAAUGCUGAAAACAGAACAGUUUUUAAAUCUCUUCAAAACAUUUAUUUAAAUAAUAUUAUGGAUUAUCUUAUUAAAAACCAAAACCAAAUAAAUGAAUUUUUAACAAGGAGACCUAAAAUUAGUGUAAGAAGAAGAAGAUUUAAAACUUUUAAUGGGAGAACUCUUGAAGAAUGUAGACAGUUUGGGUAUGCAUUAAAUCAUUUUCUUCAAGAAAAUAUUCCAACUAACAAAAAGAAAAAAGAGACACAAUUUGUAAUUACUAGGGAUCUGAUUGAUUUAAUUUUAGAACAAUAUCCUAUGUCACCACCAUUUUAA